AUGUUCCAGACGACGGAACGCAGUGAACAUAUAUCGGGGCAGAUGAGACAGUGUGAGGCUUGCAAAAUGUGGGAGUCCAGGGACACAUAUGGAGCCUCUGGCUGCUAUAACUGUGGCAAGUGCGUUCAGCUUCCGCUACAAAAUGACCGUGUUGGGUCACUGGAGAAGCAGCUGGAUGAUCUCAGCGCCAUCCGGGAAAACACGAGUGUCCUGGACACGACCGACAGUGAGGCAGUCACGCCGAGGAUACGGGAUGAACCAAGAACAGAAAACCUAGCGCUGUGGGGAACCGCGGAGCAGUCCAGCAACAAUAAUGGGUCAGUUACACGGCUAGCCAUUGACGGCAACGAUAACCCCGAUGCGAACCUAGGCUAUUGCAGUCAAACUGAGCUAUCCAACAAUCCUUGGUGGAGGGUCGAUUUAAAGGACAUUUAUAUUUUGUUGGAUGUAAGAAUCAUCAGCCGGAUGGACUGCUGCACGGAAGAACUCAUCGGAGCCGAGAUCCGCAUCGGGAACUCGCUGCAGAACAACGGGAACUCCAACAGACUCUGUACAAUCGUCAACUCUAUUCCGAAAACCGGAACAGUUACCGUUCGCUGUAAUAAUUUUGCGGGUCGAUAUGUGAACAUCGUAAUUCCAGGAAAAAAUAAAAAACUAACUCUCUGCGAGGUGGAGGUGUUUGGCUCGAGCCCCCCAGAUCCUCUCUGUAUAACUGAAGUAAACCAGGCUGUGGGAGGAUUGGCGAUACAGUCCAGCACGGCCCAGGAAAACAUUGCUGAGCGAGCCAUUGACGGCGAUAACAAUGAGGACGCGCGGCUGGGUUCCUGUACGGAAACCAAAAAGUCACCAAACCCCUGGUGGAGGGUCGAUUUAAAGGAAACGUUCGUCGUGUCGACAAUCAGAAUCGCCAACAGGGGAGACUGUUGCUCGGAACAGCUUCAAGGGGCCGAGGUCCGCAUCGGGAAUUCAUUGGAAAAUAACGGGAAUUCUAACAAACUGUGUGGGAUCGUACAAGUAGCUUCAAAAACAGCGACGUUUACCUUCUAUUGCAACGGUUUCAUCGGUCGAUAUGUGAACGUCUUCAUCCCUGGUCCUGAUAAAAUUCUGGCGCUGUGCGAGGUUGAGGUGUUUGGCUUCUACAUGCCCACUGGAGUGGUAACGGAUGGAGGUGGGAUAGCGUCCGCUGCGCGCACCAUGUCAUACUUACCUACUGCUGCCCAUUCAACAUACGAGACAACGAAAAGAAGGCAGUCGGCAGACUACCAUUGCAUUUACUCAUUUUUAUUUGUCUACCCAACAGAAAACGUGGCGCUAGGAGCACCAGCUAUCCAGUCCAGCACGGCACAAAAGGCAGACGCUGGGCGAGCCACUGACGGGAACAGCCAAAGCCACUGGACUCAUAGCUCCUGCACACUCACCAACAGAACCAAGGACCCUUGGUGGAGAGUUGAUUUAAAUGAUAUCUACGCAAUAUCGAUGGUAUCUAUCACGAACAGAAAAGACUGCUGCUCGAAUCGGCUCAUCGGUGCCGAGAUCCGCAUUGGAAACUCGCUUGAGGACAACGGCAAUUCCAACAGAGUCUGUGGAAUCAUCAAAUCAGUUUCGACAUUGACACAAGUCUUCAGCUGUGGCGGUUUCACUGGUCGAUAUGUGAACGUCAUCAUCUUAGGACCUGCUAAAAUCCUGACCCUGUGCGAAGUUCAGGUCUUUGGCUCAAAAGUCCCGUCAUUGCCAGAUGCAGGUAGGUUCGAAUCUGCGCCAGGGUUGUGGUCGUCCACGCCCACACCCAUGGAGUCAAAGGUACUUACGCUGAUAUUGAACAUUGCCCGACCCAUCAAUGGAAACGCGGCGCCCAGAGCAGAGGUCACCCAGUCAAGCACCUUCGAGUCGGCAGGUGCUGAGCGAGCCAUUGACGGUAACAAAAACAGCAACUUCAUGCGUGGUUCUUGCACACACACUAUGAAAUCAACAGACCCCUGGUGGAGAGCCGAUCUAAAGCAAUCCUACAACGUGUCAGUUGUCACAAUCACAAAUAGAAGAGAUUGCUGCUCGGAAUUGCUUACGGGAGCCGAGAUCCGAAUCGGGGACUCGCUGGAGAACGAUGGAAAUACUAACAUACUACGCUCUAUGACGCACGUACGUGCCAUGAAACUUUGCCAGUGUUCACGAGCACAGGCACGCGACGAGCUCACAGGCUCACGGCGGGCGCUACUCCGAUCGAUCGCACAAACUGUCUCACACAGGAACCUCAUCUCUUACAGUUGUGGAAUGAUUCAUUCGGCUUCUGGGACGACAUUUACCUUUAAUUGUGGUGGACUUGUCGGUCGAUAUGUAAACAUCGUCAUCCCUGGCCGUGGUAAAACAUUGACCCUGUGCGAGGUUGAGAUCUUUGGUUCAGCGCUCCCGACGAUACCUCGAAAAGAAACCUUAUCGUCCGGAGCACCGACGAUCCAAUCCAGCACGGAAGAGGGGGCAGGAGGUGAGCGAGCCAAUGACGGGAACAGGGACAGCAACUUCUGGCAUGGUUCAUGCGCGCGCACCACGAAAUCGAAUAACCCUUGGUGGAGAGUCGAUCAAAAGGAAAGAUACAACGUGUCAGAAGUAAGAAUCACCAACAGAGCAGACUGCUGCUCUGACCAGCUCCAAGGCGCCGAGAUCCGCAUCGGGGACUCGCUGGAGAACAAUGGCAAUUCCAACAGACUCUGUGGAACAGUUGAUUCCGCUUCUGAGGCGAUUACAUUCAACUGUGAUGGAUUUGUAGGUCGAUAUGUAAACAUCAUCAUACCAGGAGAGGCUAAAAUCUUGACUUUGUGCGAAGUUGAAAUCUUUGGAACAGAAGUAUUAUCCUCGUCUGGAACCGAAAACGUGGCUUUCGGUGCACUGCCGAAGCAAUCCAGCACGGAUAAAGAGGCAAUUGCUGAGCGAGCCAAUGAUGGUAACAGCGACAGCGAUUUCACGCAUGGUUCAUGCGCGCGCACCAAGAAAUCCAAUGACCCUUGGUGGAGAGUCGAUCUAGUACAGAUAUACAACGUGUCAGAUGUAAGAAUCACCAACAGAGCAGACUGCUGCGCUGACCUGCUCCAAGGAGCCGAAAUCCGCAUCGUGUUAACACUGGGAAAAGAUAACAAUUCCAACAGACUCUGUGGAACCGUUGAUUCAGUUUCUAAGACGACAUUGAUCUUCAAAUGUGGUGGAAUUGUGGGCCGAUACGUGACCAUUGUCAUACCAGGCCAGGCUAAAAUAUUAACCCUGUGCGAGGUUGAGAUCUUUGGAUCUGAAGUCUCUUCCUUACCUGGAACAGAAAACGUGGCGCCCGGUGCACUGCCGACCCAAUCCAGCACGGAUGUAGGGGCAGAUGCUAAGCGAGCCAUUGACGGGAACAGCGACGGCGACUUCAGGCGUGGCUCAUGCUCGAGCACCAUUAAAUCGAAGAACCCAUGGUGGAGACUCGAUCUAAAGGAAAGCUACAACGUGUCCGAUGUAAGAAUCACCAACAGAGCAGACUGCUGUUCGGACCAGCUCCUAGGAGCCGAGAUCCGCAUCGGGGACUCGCUGGAGAACGAGGGCAAUUCCAAUACACUGUAA